GGGGGGCGUUGUGUGUGUGGUUGUGUGUGUGUGUGUGUAUAUAUAUAUAUAUAUGAAUUGAACGCAUGCGCUGAAACUUGAAAUAAACCAAAUGAUCGAAGAUAUAUAUAAUAAAUAGUAUUGAAAAACACUAUUUAAAUUAAGAAAAACUGUAUUAUAUCAUAACUUUUACAAAGUUUCCACAAAAGAAAUUACGUAUAAGAUAUUUUGUUAUUAAUUAAGGUGAAAGUACUGCUAUAGUCUUGUGAGUGAAUACAGAAUUUACGUAUAUUACAUCAGUAUAGUAAUUUUUUAUAAAGCUAGGCUGAGCUGAUAAAGGUUAUGUGAAGUUGUGUUUUAUAAUUAUAUAAUCAUUUCUUUUAACAGAAACAAAAACGCGAAAAUAAUAACCACAGUAGUGUGAUUGCUUAUCAAAAAAAGGAGAAAUUUAUACAAUGCAAUCCGAUGAGAAAGAUAGUGACUUGAUGCCAAAAUUAGAUCUUGUAAGAGAUAAAAGUAAAUUAAAAUAUAGUGAUAUAAUAUAUAUGAAACAAGCAGAAGAAGCAGCUAUUCAAAGAGCAUCCCAAUAUGCAAAAAGACGUAACAAGUGUGCAAAAGCAGGUUUUGCUCUAGCUGGUUUAUCUUUAGGAAUUUAUCUGUAUACCAUAUAUGCUGUAAAACAGGAAACAUUUUUAAAUGAUCUAUAUGAACCCGAAAAAAUAAUUGAAAAACCUAGUUCAAAAGCUAACGUCGCUUAGAAUUAUUUGUAUUUGUAUCAUAUGAGACAUUACUCUUACCUACAUAUUAUCUAAAUACAAAUAAAAAGAGAACUAUGUCAACUCUAAGGUUACCACCUUUACCAAGUAUAAAAAAUUUGUUAAAAAUAUAUAAAUUGCGUGCAGUGAAACAGCUUUCUCAAAACUUUAUCUUAGAUCAAAAUUUGUCAGAUAAAAUAAUAAGAAAAACAGGAAAUCUCUCUGAUUGUCAUGUAUUAGAAGUUGGUCCUGGUCCUGGUGGACUAACUCGAUCUAUUUUAAAGCAUCAACCAAAUAAAGUAAUUGUCGUUGAAAAAGACAAAAGAUUUGAGCCUACGUUAGAAAUGUUGGCAGAUGCUUUUGCAGCGGUUAAUGGUAACAUGGAAAUUAUUUUUGAUGACAUAAUGAGAUUUAACAUGACUACUGUUCUCCCACGAACUGAAGCAAAAGCUUGGACAGAUAAAAGUCCAAGAAUUAGAUUAAUUGGUAAUUUACCAUUUAAUAUAUCAACACCUUUGAUAAUAAAGUGGCUACAUGCAGUUUGUGAAAAAACUGGCCCUUGGGAAUUUGGAAGAACUAGAAUGACAUUAACAUUUCAAAAAGAAGUUGCUGAACGAUUAGUAGCUGAACCAUCAGAUUUACAAAGAUGUAGAUUAUCUGUAAUGGCACAAGCUUGGACAAAACCAAUAUUACAUUUUAUUAUACCAGGUAGUUCCUUUGUUCCUAAACCGGAUGUUGAUGUUGGUCUUGUAACAUUUGCGCCUUUAACUGUUCCACGUACAAAACAUGAAUUUACAAUUUUUGAGAAAGUUACACGACACAUUUUUAGUUUUCGUCAAAAAUACAGUAUACGAGGUAUAGAAACAUUAUUUCCUCUAGAAUAUCGGAAAGAAUUGGGACAAAUGAUGUAUAAACUUUCUGAUUUGGACCCACAAACAAGACCAAUGCAACUUACAGUAGAGGAUAUUGAUAAACUUGUUAGUGCAUAUAAAUACUUAUUAGAAAAGCACCCAGAAAUAAGUUUUUAUGAAUAUCGUGCAUCACGCCGCAUAGUAUCAUUAUCCGAUACAAAGGAUAUAGAAGUCGUGGAAUGUACAGACUAAAAUUUGCCUUGAAAUCUUGUAAAAUAAACAUAAAUAACAAUAAUUUCAUUUUUGCUAUACUUUUUUAUGUUUACUUUUAUUCACAUAUAUCAUGAAUGUUUUAAUAAAUCAAAAGAAUUUAUAAAUUAUUUAAUAUUUAUACUGCUGUUAAUAAUUAUACGUGUAAAUAUUUUUGAAAAUAUGAUUCGUUCCAUUUGCCAGUCUCGUUAUCACAUUAAAUUUUAAUUUUACCAGGUUAACCUAUCAAUUUUAAAUCCGCAAUUACGUUAUUAAAAGUAAUUUAACAACUAUUAUUUUAAAUACUUCCACGAUUGUAACAAUUUUAUAUAUUUUCCAACUUAUAUCUUUUUCUCAUAGAAACACUAAAUAAUUUAUGAAUGCAAUAAUAAAGAAUUCGGUUAUAUUUUUUAUCGUAAAAAAUUAAAAAUCAUAAUUACAUUAAAAUACAUUAAUUUCAAUUUCAAGUAAUUUGCACGAGACCAGCUCUUUACAUUACAUUAUGUGUAUGUAUAUUGCUUGAAAAUAGAGUAUAAGAUGUAAGUAGUAAUAUACAAGAUACAUAACAUUUUGUACUAGUAAAUGUAUGUAUAAUAUUUUAAUAAUACAUAUAUUGUAAAGAUACAGAAGACACUGAAUAAAAGGAAGAAUUUGAACAUGA